CCGACUCAAUUUCCCAGAGUGCACCUGGCGCUGGUCGGCAUACAGCCAAUAUACUAAGUGAGCGACUGGACUCCGUUUCCCGGAUUGCAUCAGGUCUACACAGCUCAUUGAUGGAGUACUACAUUUCUGAGCCACACCUAGGGACGCGCGGUUGCCGCAAUGGAGUGAGUGUGCGACUCUGAUCCUACUUCCGAAAGUGCUUCAGGGUCCGCUGUGGGCACAGUCGGCCAACUUAUUGCCCAGGACUGUGUUUCCCGAGGUGCAGAGCGACCUAUCAUCCCCGCGGUCCACUCUGAGGUCUUUGCGGACUCCAUUUCCCGGCGUGCCGCGCGGCUCUCUGUGAAGGCCGAUAGCGGCGACGGCGGCGCGCAGGGUCGACGGACUGCAUCUCCCGGCGUGCCCCGCGGCGGGCGCUGGGCCGGAGCCGGAGCCGGAGCCCGAGCGGCGCGGCCUGGAAGAGGCCGGAGCCCGGGGGAGGCGGCGGCAGCGGCAGCGGCGGGGGCAACCCGGGCAGCCCGAGCCCCGCGACCUGGGCCUGCGCUCGGCGCCAUGAGCGGUGGCGCGCCUUCAGGGGGCGGCCCUGGGGGCUCGGGCCGGGCGCGGACCAGCUCAUUCGCGGAGCCAGGCGGCGGCGGUGGCGGCGGCGGUGGCGGCCCCGGGGGUUCGGCUUCUGGCCCAGGCGGUAGUGGCGGCGGGAAGACGUCAGUCGGAGCCAUGGGCGGGGGCGUGGGGGCCUCGAGCUCCGGGGGUGGCCCCAGCGGCAGCGGCGGAGGAGGCAGCGGCGGCCCCGGCGCGGGCACUAGCUUCCCGCCGCCCGGAGUGAAGCUGGGCCGUGACAGUGGGAAGGUGACCACAGUGGUAGCCACUCUAGGCCAAGGCCCAGAGCGCUCCCAGGAGGUGGCUUACACAGACAUCAAAGUGAUUGGCAGUGGCUCAUUUGGGGUCGUGUACCAGGCACGGCUGGCAGACACGAGGGAAUUGGUGGCCAUCAAGAAGGUUCUCCAGGACAAGAGGUUCAAGAACCGAGAGCUGCAGAUUAUGCGUAAGCUGGACCACUGCAAUAUCGUGAGGCUGAGAUACUUUUUCUACUCCAGUGGGGAGAAGAAAGACGAGCUUUAUCUAAAUCUGGUGCUGGAAUAUGUGCCCGAGACGGUGUACCGGGUGGCCCGCCAUUUUACCAAGGCCAAGUUGACCAUCCCUAUCAUCUAUGUCAAGGUGUACAUGUACCAGCUCUUCCGGAGCUUGGCCUACAUCCACUCCCAGGGUGUGUGUCACCGCGACAUCAAGCCCCAGAACCUGCUGGUGGACCCCGACACUGCUGUCCUCAAGCUCUGCGAUUUUGGCAGUGCAAAGCAGCUGGUCCGAGGAGAGCCCAAUGUCUCCUACAUCUGUUCUCGCUACUACCGGGCCCCAGAGCUGAUCUUCGGAGCCACUGAUUACACCUCAUCCAUCGAUGUGUGGUCAGCUGGCUGCGUACUGGCCGAGCUCCUCCUGGGCCAGCCCAUCUUCCCUGGGGACAGUGGGGUAGACCAGCUGGUGGAGAUCAUCAAGGUGCUGGGAACACCAACCCGGGAACAGAUUCGAGAGAUGAACCCCAACUACACGGAGUUCAAGUUCCCCCAGAUUAAAGCUCACCCCUGGACAAAGGUGUUCAAAUCCCGAACGCCACCUGAGGCCAUCGCGCUCUGCUCUAGCCUGCUGGAGUACACACCGUCCUCGAGGCUCUCCCCGCUGGAAGCCUGUGCCCACAGCUUCUUUGAUGAACUGCGAUGUCCUGGAACCCAGCUCCCCAACAACCGCCCGCUUCCCCCCCUCUUCAAUUUCAGUCCUGGCGAACUCACCAUCCAACCAUCUCUCAACGCCAUUCUCAUCCCUCCUCACUUGAGGUCCCCGGCGGGCACUGCCUCCCUCACCCCAUCCUCACAAGCUUUAAGUGAGGCUCAGACCGGCCCGGACUGGCAGUCGACCGAUGCCACAGCUCCCCUCACUAACUCUUCCUGAGGGCGCCACCAACUGCCCUUCCAUCUGGGAGCCCCUGGUGGGGCUGGGAAGGGGGGCCAUAGCCUGUCAAGCUCCUGCCCUGACCGGGCCCCUAGACUAGAGGGCAGAGGUAAAUGAGUCCCUAUCCCCACCUCCAGUCCCUCCCUCACCAGCCUCACCCCUGUGGUGGGCUUUUUAAGAGGAUUUUAACUGGUUGUGGGGAGGGAAGAGAAGGAAGGACCGGGGAUUGGGGGGAGGGGGCGGGCGGCAUGAGGACCUCCUACCCCCUCAGCUCCCUCCCCUCCCCCCAGGUCUCCACCUCCUCCAACCCCCCUCCCCUCCUGUAUCCCUUGUAAAUAGAACCAGACCAGCCCUUCUCCUCCUCUUCCCUUCCCUGGCCCCCGGGUGUAAAUAGAUUGUUAUAAUUUUUUUCUUAAAGAAAAUGUCGAUUCGCACCAUCCAACCUGGCCCUUUCCCCUCCAACAGCUGUGUCCCCCCCUCCUGUUCUCUGCCCCUAAGGCCUCCUCCCUCCUCUCCCCAUCCUGGAGGGCAGGGGCAGUGGGGGAGCUCCUGAUGUCUUAGUUUUCACAGUAAGGUUUGCCUGUGUACAGACCUCCGUUCAAUAAAUUAUUGGCAUGAAAACCUG